AUGCUUAUUGGAUCUGGUUGUUUGAGUAUUCUCGGUCAGUCACAACGUCAACUGCGCUUGAUUUCGACAGUCGAGCUUCGACGAAAUCGUUUGGCCAGCGAGAAGCUCACGCGAUUCAAUCGCAUGUUGGGAGUGUGCUCUGCUGCGGGAGACUUCCAUGGCGCGGAGCGCAUCCUGCAACGUGCAGUGAAAAGCGAAGUUGCGCCGGACACGUUGUCCUUUGCGCUGGUCGUGGCAGCGAGCGCGGAGGCACGUGAUGUCGUUCGGGCCGAGAUGUGGUUGAGAAGGCUUUGCUUGACAGGACAUGCCGCGGCCGCAUGCCACCCUGAGGUCAUAAGUAGCUUAAUGGAUGCUGGUGCCUCUGAGCUGGCUCGGGUCGCUGCACAGCAGGAGGGAUCGAAGGACGACGGCGACGACACGACAGAACAAGCAGCGGAGACUCGACUUUCAUCGCUGCUACAUGUGCUUCGGAAGCAAAGUGAUCUGAGUGAGCGGGAAAUGGCAGCCAUCAGGAGACUCUGGGAAGAGGUCCUCGAACAGCACCGAUCAGAUGGGCUGGUCCCUUCUCGACGGACGCUUCGUGCAAUGCUCCAGGUCUUGUCAAGAUGCAGCCGUCACUAUGAAAUUGGAACACUGCUAAAGGAGAUGUCGUCGGUUGGCUUUCGCGCAGACUCCGAAACCUUCGGCGCCCUCAUCGAUGGUGCAUCCGAGCGAAAAGACGUGGCACAGGCAGAGGCCUUCUUCAAGCAAGCGCGCGAGAAUGGCAUUGAGCCCACAUUGCCAAUGCUAAACAGCCUCAUCAAGGGUUGUGCCGCAGCGGCAGAUGUGGCAAGUGCCAAAAAGUGGUAUCAUCGAAUCUAUUCGGAAGGCCUAACCCCAAGCAUUCUGUCUUUCAACAGCUUUCUUGGUGCUUGUGGGACAGCUGGCUACGAACAAGAAGCAGAAUCGGUGUUGCAGGACAUGCUGACGGCGCAGCUCCGUCCGGACGGCUUCAGUUACUUGGCUCUCAUUAAAGCGCAUGGGCACAAGAGCGCCAAGGAAGCAGAGCGCUGGUUUUCCGUUGCCCUCUCCGCACGCGUCAAUGUGGACACCGGUAUGUUCAAUGCAGUCUUGCGUGCUUAUGUCGUGCACUCAGACCCGUGGGAAGUGAAGCGUCUCUAUGCAGACAUGCAGAGACGCCGCGUGCCGGCCAAUGCAGCCACGUUCUUGUCCGUGGCACACGCAUACGCUGUGGAAGGCGAGGUGUCCAAGGCCGAAGACCUUAUCUACGCUUCUCAGGAGGCCGGCUACAAGCUGGGUAGCGAGGAGUUCUCCUGCCUUCUGCUGGCCUACUCAUGGAAGCCACAGUACCGAAGCCACAAGGCCGAGAGACUCUUCCGGGAGAUGAUCUCGGAAAGAAAGAUCCUGCCCACGAGUCGGAUGCUUCGGUACUUGCGGCUGGCCAUGGGGGAGGCACCGGCUGAGGCCCUAAUCGAGGAGCUGGGUGUCUCCGUCUCAGAGGCGGAGUCGUCGAGAGCGUGA